AUGUACAUGCACAAACUGAUCUCCUUUGCUCUUGCCGGUGCCGCUAGUGCUAUGGCAUCGGGCCUUUCGUGCAAGGCUUACGGGGUUGCUGGCAAUCUUGUGAGUCUUGACUUUUUCCAUCACGAUUCCCAGUUGCUGGAAUUCACUCACGAUAAGACGGUGGACGGCCACCCUGCCCUUGCUCCGACGCAACAUUCGAAGCAGUUGUUCCAAUUUUUCAGCUGCAACUCGCCGUCCAAGCACUACAAGAAAGGUGGUCAGGUGCGCAGCCUGACGAACACGUCUUUGUGCCUCACGCCAGGCACCGUGUAUCUUCCCAGCGACAAGAUGGGCGAUGCCGUGCCUUAUCCUGACAACGCCGACAAUCGCAUUUCUCUGCAGCCAUGUGAAUCAGAGCACAGCCUUCAGCUGCGAAAGCAAUGGUUCAUGGAGACGGAGACUAACAGGGCCGGCCUGGUUCAAGUCUCGCAACAGGGUUGGCGUUCGGACUCGACCAGCGACACACUUAUUAUCACGGACGACGGUGUUGCGCUUACCUCGCAUCCCCACAAAGGUACGGAACCCAAGCACCUGCACAUUAAGGCCAGGGUUUAA